AGUAUCUUGCACUUAUUGAAAUAGUGGAGAAAGUUAAUUUUUUUCUAUGUUAAUCUAUGUUUUCUAUGUAAAUCAGUCAUUUUCAGAAUACCUUUUACGUUCGUUAAAACGUUUUUAAAUGAUUCGAGUACUUAUGUGUUUGAAAAUGAGCUGAAAUGAUUGAAAGCAUCGUUAUUUCUCAAUUUAUUGAAUGCAUUUAAUCGAGCCAUACAAUGCCCUUACUACUUUAGUGUGUGCUCUACAAUUUAUAAAACUUUACGAGAAACAAGACAUUUUACGUUAUCGGCAAGCAGUUCGUUUUCUGAUUCAAUGUAGUAUGGAUUGGCUUCACUUGGCUUUCUAUAAGCAAUUUGAUGUUCAAUUAGGGCAAAACUGACUAUUUAGCAUAAUUAAACAAAGUAGUACAUUUCAAUGAGUGCAAAAUGACAUAAUUUACAUCUGUGUUUAUUCGCAUUUUGGUUUACUGUUCAGUCCACUUCAAAAUGAUUAGCAAGGAAGAUGUUAUAUCAACAAUGAAACAUGCGUCUUGCACGAUAUUAGUGUUGAUGUGCAUUUUCAUAGCGUAUACCUUUUUUGAGCGUAUCUUUUAUUUCUUGAAUGAAAUCGUUAAUACAACAAAGAGGGAUAAUUUUGGUACAAUACUGGUCCAAGCAUUUGGUUUCAAUACAGUUUCACUGAUAGUCAUUGUUACUUGUGGUACAUCUCUUAUGGCUGUUGUAUACAACAUAGGAUGUCCAUUAAACUACAUUUGGGAAAAUGGACAAAGGGUCUUUAUACCAUCUUUAAUAAUAUCCUUUUUCCUUUUGCGGAUUAUAAAAAUAGAUGAGUGCGACCUAUACACAUCUUUGAAGAUUCGAUCCCUGGGUGGACUGGAUUAUGGAAGUGGUUUAGCUUACAGCUAUUUCUAUGGGUAUUUAAAUAUCAUCCUAUCCUCUAUGGGAAGCGAAUACAAAGGCUUGCAACAUAAUAUUGAGCUUUUUGAAGCUCGUGAAGGUGUGCCCAUGCCGAUAAAGAAAUUAUUUAUAUUAAUUCCUGCAUCAGCACAUAUUCCAUCUGAUCUUAGACAAGUUUCACAUGAUUGGAUGGAGAGUACGAAAAAAGUCGUUUCGGCUGAGAUAAACCGUGCUGGCGUAAAAAAUCGAGUAUAUUCCAAUACAGUGUACAAAAUUCAUCCUGAAGGAGAAGGAAGCGGUCAUCGACCAAUUUAUGUCGUUAUUGAAGGUGCUACGCCAAUGCUGACUUUUUAUGAAGUAUCUCAACACGCACAUAAAGAUUCGGAUACAUAUAGAAGAUUUACAAAAGAAGUCGUAGAGUUGUUUUACAAAACUCUUCAGACAUUGUUGAACACUAAUCCAGAUUACCAGGAUUCCUGUGAAUUGGUAUACUAUGAAGAUUACGGACCGGAUGGUAAACGCGUCAAUGUGGCUGAAAUAAUAUUGGAGAGAAUACGAAAGUUACUUCACAAUCGUAAAACAGAGAACGAAGAAAAACUAUACUUUAAAAAAUUUUAAAGAAUUUAAAAAUUAUAUCGGCAAAGAAAAUUUAACAGUUCUACAAAGAAGAUUGCAAUUCUAACUACUAAUCAUGUGUAACAUGAGAAUUUAUUUCUUUUAUUACACGAAGGACGAAAUUUGUAAGCCUCUUUUGUAGUAUAAAAUACAUAUUUUCAAGAAAAAGCUUUUUGUACGAUGAUAUUUUUGUGAUAAAGAAUAAAUGGAAAAAGUAAAUAAAUAGUGAUUUCCAUUUUAA